AUGUUUGGAGCACACUCUGGCAACAAUACUAAUGUGUUUUCAAACCCCACAUCGCAACCAGCACAAACUACUCCAAUGUUUCAGCAGCAGCCGCAGCCGCAGCAACCAACUCAACAGCAGCAACAGCGGACCCAACUAAAUGCCUCUUACGGUAGCGGGCCUUCACAAUUUGGCACGUCAUUCAGUGAUAACGUAAACGCCGAUAAUAAUAGUAGUAGUAAUAUUAGUAGUAAUAGCGUUUACAAUAACAACAAUAACAACAAUAACAACAACAGUACAAAUCAACGAAACCAAGGAAAUAAUCCUAGUUGGGUAAAUAAUCCGAAAAAAAGAUCUACUCCCCAUACGGUGAUAAGAAGGAAAACGACAAAGCAAAAUUCCUCUUCUGAUAUUAGCCAGAAUGAUGAUUCGUCCUCCAUAAAUAUUUCGAUGAGAAGUUUCAGUAAGCAGAACCAGGAUACUAAGCAAAAUGAAAGAAACAAAUCAGCAGCAAAUAAUGAUCUGAACUCUUUGCUGUCAAACUUCAACGACGCUCCACCCACCGUCACUUUGCAAGACUGGCAACGGGAGGAUGAAUUUGGUUCUAUUCCAUCUCUAACAACCCAAUUUGUUACUAAUAAAUACGCGGCGAAAAAGUUGAAUAGCUCAGCCUAUGAUUCCAAGAAUACUCCGAAUGUUUUUGAUAAAGACUCCUACGUUAGAAUAGCAAACAUUGAGAAAAAUCAUUCAAAUAACGAUGAAAACACCGCUGAUACGAACAGCGGUAAUGCCCACGAAACUUCUUCUAAGUCUUCAAAUCUAAGCGCAGUUAUCGUGUUUGGCUACCCUGAAUCGAUUGCCAAUGAAGUGAUCAAGCACUUUUCCCUUUUUGGUCAUAUAAUGGAAGAUUUUCAAGUAUUGCGGUUGGGUCGCGGAAUUAGCCCCAGCUCAUUCAAACUAUUUCAUAACGACGACACUAGUAGCGACCACAGCGAUUCUACUGUCAAUAAGACCAUCACCAUAAAAGGUAGAGAUAAUGAAUUAAUUAGCAAAAAAUAUGCAAUAUUCACAGGUGAGAGUUGGGUCAAGCUAACUUAUAACUCUCCAUCUUCUGCUUUGAGAGCCUUACAAGAAAAUGGGACCAUAUUUCACGGCGCGUUAAUUGGCUGCAUCCCAUAUUCCAAAAAUGCGGUAGAGCAAUUGGCUGGUUGUAAAGUUGAUAACAUUGACGAUAUUGGCGAAUUCAAUAUUUCUAUGUAUCAGUACUCUUCCACAUCAUCAUCUUCAAAUACGCCAUCCCCACCGAACGUAUCAUUAGCCAACGACACUUUUCUAAAUAAGGAUAGUAAUGCUUCUGCAAUAAGUGUUGGCAACGCAACAAAUCUUUUAGGUCCAAAGCUGGUAAAUCCUCAGAGCAAGCGGUUGGAUGUAAAGGACGGCAAAUCACUAUUUAUUCAAAACGCAAACGCAAAUUCCAACAUUCCCACUCUAUUACAAAGCUUGGAGUCGAAAAUGCGUCAACAAGAAGCAAGGUAUAGGAAUAAUGAAUCUGCCGGAUUUAUACAUAAACUGAACAAUUGGUUGUUUGGUUGGAAUGAUUUAUAG